UUCUUUUUCGCCGAAAAGAUGAUAUGUAAAAACGGCGUUCCAGUGCGAAAUGCACCAAAUCUUCACGAGGCUGCAUUCGCAGGUGACACACGAGAAGCUUCCCAAGCCCUUAAAGUCCAAAAGAGUUUGAUGAAUCUGGCUCCACAGCAGUGCACAAGGCUGCGGCAAAUGGACAUCUUGAAGUCCUUAAACUUCUAAUUCAGCAUGGUGGAGAUGUCGAAUUGGCAGACAUAUCUGGUUGCACGCCACUACAUGUUGCGGCAAGAAAUGGCCAUCUGACCAGUGUGAAGUACUUAGUUUUGCAAGGGGCAGACUUCAGAUUGAAAUCAAAGAAAGGAAACACAGCAAUGGCUAUGGCCAAAGCCAACAGUCAGCAGAAAGUUGCAGAGUAUUUGUCAAACUGUGACAGGGAAAAGUUUGCAUGGGAGGUUGUGUAAACAUCCAAGUAGUCCUGGAUGUAAGGCUUUAUGGCUGCAAGUUAUACAUUGUAUUUAUGUGGUGAAAAAAAUAACUGGAAAUAUAACAACUUGUUGAUGAGGAUAACUUGUAUUAAUAAUAAAGAUAUUUAUACUUCAAGCAAUAAUGUUAUUUUAUUUAUUUAAGAAUUCAGAAGAGCACAAUAGGGAUCAGGGACCUCUACAAGGUCUAUCACACACCUAACCUCAGUAAAAUUUUCUAUAUAAUCCGAAACCGAUUCACUCCCAUUACAAACUGGGUAUAGGCAUUAAACUAGAUUUGAUAUGAUUUGAAACUGUGACCUGGCCAGGUGAUUGUGUUAUUUUCUUAGACAGAACACUCUCUUCCUGCAAGUGUCCCUCUGCACCUAGGUGUAUAAAUGGAACCAGAAAACUGUCAGGGAGGCCUGAUAGAAUGCUAAUGGACUAGCAUCCCAUCCAAGGGGGGCAAGGAGUACUACAUGUACAUACUCCUCGUUGUUUAUGCUAAGGAAACUGAGAUAAGACCAGCUGGAUGAGGCUCUUGGCUCAAAUAGACUUCAUGUUUACCACCCAGAAACAUUUUGAAUUGCACCAUUGUUGGCAUUUCAUAAUACGCACACCACCUCUAUUCCCUGUGUUUGGGCUAUAUACUGCCAGGAUCAAGAGCAGUUUUCCUCUGUCUGCCUCACAUUCUGCUUAGGCCAUAACAUCAGUAUGCAUGUUCUCCAUAUUGUUCUCUAGACAUUUCCUGUGAUGCUGACAUAAAAGAAAAUUUCACUUGUUUCAACAGUCAAGGGCUUCUUUACAUGGUGAUCAGUACCUUUAUUCUUGUGACCAGAAAUGUUUCAUUUAAAGGUGAUAUUGUAAGGGUAAUUGGAAGUGAGUCACUUUUUGAGGUUAAAGUAUCAAGGUCUGAAGAAUAAAAGAAAUGACUGCUGAACUUAGAAGCUUUGAUAGUUAACAAAUUCUCCUUGUCAGUAUUAAAAGAAAUGCAUGAUGAAGAGUUUGGAAAAUAUGGAUGCUGAUCUUAGGGUGUAAAGGGCCAGGACUGCAUCCUCCAUAUCACACCAUGAAGCAUCAGCAUAGCAUUUUUAUCAUAUGCUGCCGCAAGUUAAGCAAAGAUGAUAAAAACCUAAACAUAUGAAGUACAGCUAUGCAAGGCAGGAAAACAUUCCAUGUGUUGAAUUGUCAUCUAGAUUUGCAGUUUCUGCUAUCGUCCAGAAAAGACUGAUGAUUAAACAUGUUUAGCAACA